GACUAACCUCUGAACUCUGACCUUUCGAGAGAAAAACGUGCGUAGAACAAUUUUCGAUUCCUACGAGCUCUUUACUAAUAGAAAAAUAUGCCGAAAAGAAGAAGCCAAGGGCGUUUUGCAAAGCCCAAAAAACAAGAGUAUGACAGUGAUGAUGAGAGGGCCUAUGAGAACAUAGAAGAUCCUGAUCCACAAUCCAGAGAAUUUAUGUAUGAUGAAGUUGAUGAAUUUCAUGCUGAUAAAGAAAAAAUAUUGUUAGAUCAUCCUAGUGGAAUACAGCCUGCAGACACAAGUGAUUCUGAGGAUGAGGAGGUUCUUAAUUUGGAACUAUCUGAAGAUGAUGAAGAUUUUGGAGAAGAUGAUGCGGACAUAUCAAGUGAUGAAUUGGAGGAUCAAAAUAAAGAUAAUAUUCCAGACUCCAAGGCAUGGGGGAAAAAAAAGAAUAUAUUCUACCAUACAGACUAUGUAGAUGAUGAUUUACCAGGUUUGAGCGAGUCAGACGAGGAAGCUGCUCGAGACGAAGAAGAGCAAGAAGCGUUGGCAUUGCAGCAACGAAUGGCAGAGACCCUACAAGAAGAAGAUUUUGGGAUGGAGCUAUUCAAGGUACCAACAGUCAAACUGGAAGUAAAAAAAACAGAUAAAAAUGAACAAGAAAAAGUUAUCAAGGACCUGACAAAACUUGCAAAGAGAGAGAAACUUGAGUUGCUGAAAAAAGAAUCGCCUGAACUUUUGGAGCUCAUUGAUGACUUCAAGAUAAAGCUUAGAGAAGUGAUAGAUAAACUGCAGCCACUUAUGAACCUCCUGCAGAAUGAUCAGAUUACAGAUAAAGGUGCAAUGUACAUAAAAACUAAAUAUAAACUUUAUUUAAAUUAUUGUAUAAAUAUAAGUUUUUACAUGAUAUUGAAGUCACGUCAUACACCAAUACAUAAUCACCCUGUGAUUGGAAGAUUAGUUGCAUACCGAAAUCUCAUUAAACAACUUGAACCUCUGGACAAGAAGCUAGAACCGGAAAUAACAACACUUUUAGCUGGAGAAAAGAUGGUAAUGAAAACCAAAAAAAGAGGUUCAGUUAAAAAGGAUACCAGCAGUCGAGAAGAUAAAACACACAAGAAGAUUAAGGCAAAGAAGUUAUCAUCUUUGCUAGAUGAAAGUGAUGAAGACAAACCUGGUUACCAUGGUGAUGAGGAAAAUGUGGAUACUUCAGUCAUAAAGGAAAAGAAAACCAAGAAACGUAAAGCAAGUAAGAAUAUGUUCACCUCGGAGGAACUGGAAGCUCUACGGUUUUAUGAAAGUAUGAGAGAAUCCGCAAAAAAGAAGAAAAUUGAAGUGACUGACUUGAAUAUCACCGCAGCAACAGGAAUUGAUCCAGAAGAGUUAGAAAAAAUGGAUCCAGAGACAAAAAGAGCCAUUACAUACGAGAUGGCAAAAAAUAAAGGCUUGACGCCAAAAAGAAAGAAGUCUCUGCGUAACCCAAGAGUAAAGCACAGGGAAAAGUACAGGAAAGCCAAAAUAAGACGAAAAGGACAGGUUAGAGAGGUUCGUAAGGAGGUUGAUCGAUAUGGCGGUGAAAUAUCCGGAAUUCGAGCUGGUGUCAUCAAAAGUAUAAAACUGAAAACCUAGCAGUUAAUUUUUAUUUUAAACUUCAGCAUUUAAAUAAAAAUAUCUUCUGAUAAUCUAUUGGUCUCUGUA